AUGGACUUCCGAUCCGUCACUUUCUGGCGUUUUCUUUGGGCAGUUCUUUCCGUGGCACUCGUCUCCUUUGUCGGAGCAAUCAACGAGCAGGACUUUGCACCUGAUGAUAUCAUCAUCCGAGAUGUCUGUAUCCUUGGCGGCGGGUCCACAGGCACAUACGCAGCCAUCAGUUUGAAGGACAGAGCGAAGAGCGUGGUAGUUGUCGAGCGAAAUAAGGUUCUAGGCGGUCACACUGAGACGCUCUACCUACACAACAAUCAGUACAUUGACUACGGGGUGGUGGGGGUGUUCAACGACGAGCUAAGUCGAAAUUAUCUGAAGCGUUUGGGAGUAGACCACAAACCACUUCUGCCAAGCACUCAGACCACCAAGUAUAUCGACUUCAGGACCGGGAAGAAAGCUGCAGAAACGUACCGUGGAGCUAUCGAAAAGUUUAGCUAUUUAAAGGAUGGACUGUACAGCCUGCCGGACCCCGUUCCCGAGGAGCUUCUGCAGCCUUUUGGUAAUUUUGUGGAGAAGACAGGUAUUGAGGGUGUGCUCCAAUUCGUUAUGACAUUCGCCCAUGGUGCCGGAGACCUCCUCCAAACCCCACUCCUUCUUGUCCUCCAGCUCUGUGGUAUUCCACAGAUUGACUCGCUCUUUCAUGGCGGUUACAUGACGCCCAAGGAUGGCAUGUAUGAGGUAUACAAGAGGGCCUCGAAAAUCCUCGGGUCCGAUGUCCUCUACAAGUCUAGUGUGAUCGAAACUGAACGAUCAGGCUCUGGUAUCAAGGUCGUGGUCCGAGAUGCAAACGGCGCCCGGAAGCUUAUAAAAGCCAAACAGCUUCUCAUCACGUUCGUCCCCACCCUAAAAUCUCUAAAGAGAUUCGACCUUACCACAACAGAAUCCUCAUUAUUCCAGAAAUGGGACUGGGUCAACUACUAUGUGGCUGUCGUGAACAACACAGGAAUCCCAAACACCAUGACGCUUGUCAACGCUGACCCCGAUAACAGCCCUGGCAGUCUCCCGCUCCCGCCUUUCGAGUUAGAACUGCAAUACGCCGGUGCAGACGGAUACUUUGUUAGUAAAAUCGUCGGUAACAGGACUUUGACCGCGCUUAAAGCGAAGGACCUUGUACUUUCUGAUAUUCGCCGGAUGGGAACAGCAGGGACGUUUCCGGGCGGUGAUCCCGAGAUUGUUGUGUUUGGUGACCAUACGCCAACGACAGUGUCGGUUUCCAAUGUUGACAUUCGAGAUGGGUUCUAUAGGAAGUUGUAUGCGCUCCAGGGUACUAAGAAUACGUUCUAUACUGGGUUGGCCUUUUGCUCGGAUUAUUCGUCUUUGUUAUGGGCGUAUACUGAGACUGUUAUUCGGGAGAUGAUGUCUUCGUGA